CAGGGGGGUUGAAACGCGAUGACCUUUGAGGUCCUUUUCAACCCAGGCCCUUCUGCGAUUCUCUGAUUCCGCAGCUGAGCAUUCACUCCGUCGAAGAGCAUCGUCGUGCUCUCUGUCGCCGCCGCGGUUUCCGGGGCAAUAAACAGGAGGCGUUACUUUUGGAGCGCCCCGGCGGAGCUGGCUCGGCUCCAUCCCCGCGUCCCGUCCCCGCAGGUCCAAGGUGGAGCGCGUCCACGACGUCCUGACCGGGAACGCGGCCGUGAUCCGCAUGGUGGUCGGCUUCUACCGCAGCGCCCGCGGGCAGAGCGCCCUGCGGCAGAUCCUGGGCCGCCCGGUGCGGGAGGUGCUGCAGGAUGCGACCCUCAGCAUCCGCACCGACCCCGUGGACAUCUACAAGGCGUGGGUCAACCAGAGCGAGUCGCAGAGCGGGGAGAGGAGNGGGCUCCCGUACGAGGUGAGCCCCGAGCAAGCCCUGUGCCACGCCGAGGUCCGGCGGCGCCUGGAUAUCUCCGUCCGCACGCUCCUCGCCGUGACGGAGAAGUUCGUCUCUGCCAUCACCUCUUCCGUGGAUAAAAUCCCCUACGGGAUGCGCUACGUGGCCAAAACCCUGCGGACGUCCUUGGCCGAGAAGUUCCCCGAAGCCUCGGAGGAGGAGCUGGACAAGGUCGUGGGGAACCUGCUCUACUACCGCUUCAUGAACCCGGCGGUGGUGGCCCCCGACGGCUUCGACAUCGUGGACAUCUCGGCCGGGGCUGCCCUGCGCCCCGAGCAGCGCCGCAGCCUGGGCUCCAUCGCCAAAGUGCUGCAGCACGCGGCCGCCCGGAAAACCUUCCAGGGGGAGAACGCGCAUCUGUGCGGGGCCAACCGCUACCUGGAGGAGACCCACGCCAAGUUCCGGAGAUUCAUCGCCGCCGCCUGCCGCGUCCCCGAGCCCGAGGAGAGGUUCAACGUGGACGAGUACUCGGAGCUGGUGGCGGUGGCCAAACCCGUCAUCUACAUCACUGCGGGGGAACUCAUCGACACGCACAGGCUCCUCCUCGAGCACCGGGAUUCCAUCGCGCCCGACCCCGGGGAUCCCCUGCACGAGCUGCUGGAAGACCUGGGCGAGCUGCCCAGCGUCCAGGCCCUGGUCGGGGAGAGCGCUCCCAGCCCGGGGGGUGGCACUGAGCCCCCCCAGCUCAGCAGAACGGAGAUCUCCCUCACCCUCACCGGGAAGCCGCUGCCGGAGGCGGGCAGUGAGGAGAGCGAUGGCAGGAGCCUGCUGCUGAGCACCAAGCAGAUGCUGGUGGACGUCAUCCAGUGCCAGCCAGGAGGGUCCCUCCCCGAGAUCCUGUGGACGCCGGCAUCAGAGCUGGAGGAGGCCUCCCACCACCACCUGAUGCGGCGGCGGGCGCUGUGGGACGCCCAGACCCCCACCAAACUGCACCGGCACCGCUCGCUGGCGGCCAGCAGCCAGCUCAGCUUGGAGGAGAAGAAGCGCAGGAUCGUCCGCAACCUGCGGCGCUUGGAGGGCCUGGGGCUGGUGGACUCGGCCCAGCAGUACCAGGGGCUCGUCAACGAGCUGGCCAAGGACAUCCGCAACCAGCGGCGCUACCGGCAGCACCGCAGGGACGAGCUGCUGAAGCUGCGGCAGACGCUGCGCGCCCUCGAUGCCAAGACUUUGUUCUACGAGGAGCAAAUCGAUUACUACAACCAGUACAUCCAGACCUGCCUGGACAACCUGGCCUCCAGCAACAAGGGCAGCGGGAAGAGCAAGAAGCCGCAGCCCCUGCGCUACACGGCUGCUCGGCUCCUCGAGAAGGGCGUGCUGCUGGAGAUCGAGGACCUGCCGGCCAGCCAGUUCAAGAACGUCAUCUUCGACAUCGUCCCGUGCCAGGAGUCGGGCAGGUUCCAGGUGAAAGCCAAAUUCAUGGGGGUGGACAUGGAGAGGUUCCAGCUGCAUUACCAGGAUCUGCUGCAGCUGCAGUACGAGGGCGUCGCCGUCAUGAAGAUGUUCGACAAAGCCAAAGUCAACGUCAACCUGCUCCUCUUCCUCCUGAAUAAGAAGUUCUUCAAGAAGUGAACGCCGCCUGGGGGGGCACUGGGGGUGACUCCCACC